ACAAAUAAAUCGAGCCCCUAUCACUUUAAAUCUUUGAUACAUCAGCGAUCAUAACACACCUGGAGUACCCUGUGUCUCAGCAUACUUUACAGCCCACAGUUUACUUCGUAUUGACUAACUCAUACCGUCUAAUAGAUCGGCCAAUCAUAAGCACUUAAUUUUGUUUACCAAAGAAAUGGUGAUGGAGAAACCAAGUCCCCUGCUUGUAGGGCGGGAGUUUGUGAGGCAGUAUUACACACUCUUGAACAAGGCCCCCGAUUUCCUGCACAGGUUUUAUGGCCGUAACUCAUCGUAUGUUCAUGGAGGUCUUGACCCGAAUGGGAAACUGGCUGAAGCUGUGUACGGGCAAGCGGAAAUCCACAAAAAGGUCAUGUCUCUGCAGUUCAGCGAAUGCCACACAAAGAUCAGGCAUGUGGAUGCUCAUGCCACCCUGAGUGAUGGAGUUGUGGUGCAAGUGCUUGGCGAACUGUCUAACAAUGGGCAACCCAUGAGGAAGUUCAUGCAGACAUUUGUUCUCGCCCCAGAGGGUUCUGUUGCAAACAAGUUCUACGUCCACAAUGACAUCUUUCGUUAUGAAGAUGAAGUUUUUGGAGACUCUGAAGCUGAGCUUGAUGAAGAAUCUGAGGAGGAAGUUGAGGAGGAACCAGAAGAGAGGCUCCCCUCCCCUGAACCACUCCAAGAUAGUCCCAACAGCAGCACCUACUAUGAGCCCCAUCCCGUCACUAAUGGUGUUGAAGAACCAAUGGAGGAGCCGGCACCUGAACCCGAACCCGAGCCAGAACCGGAGCCCAAAGUUGAGGAGGUGAAACCUGAAGUAGAUGAGAAAGUGAUGGAGGAGGUUGAGGAAAAGUCUCCGUCUCCGGUUCCUGUGGAGUCACCGCCAACUAUUCAAGAGGCGCCCAAGACGUUUUCCUGGGCUUCAGUGACCAGUAAAAACCUGCCGCCCGCAGGAACGGUCACUGCUGGACUGUCACCUCAUGUUAUUAAAGCGCCAAGCUCCCAGCCCAGGGUUGAAACCAAACCAGAGAUGCAGGCGGCACCCAUGCGCCCCAGAGACCAGCGCACGCGGGACAGACCAACCUUCACAGCCCGUGGUCCGAGACCAGAUGGCGUUGCAGCGUCAGAGUCGCAAACUGGGAAACCGCAUCCGAGUUUUGUCAACAAAGGGGGCAGAGGCGAUGGCGAGCCUGGUGACAUGGACAACCGCAGGGUCGUCCGGUACCCUGACAGCCACCAGCUUUUUGUUGGCAAUCUUCCCCACGACAUUGAUGAGACUGAGCUGAAAGAGUUCUUUAUGACGUAUGGCACCGUUGUCGAAUUGAGGAUCAACACCAAAGGUGUCGGUGGGAAGCUGCCCAACUUCGGAUUUGUGGUGUUUGACGACUCCGAACCAGUGCAAAGAAUCCUCGGUGCCAAGCCCAUCAUGUUCCGAGGGGAGGUGCGACUGAAUGUGGAGGAGAAAAAAACACGGGCGGCACGUGAACGAGAUACGCGUGGUGGAGGAGACAUGAGGCGCAGCGACCGUGGUUCUGGAGGCCCCCGAAGCAUCGUGGGAGGUGGAUUGACGCGGGAGCGUGAUGGGAGGGGUCCACCCCCACGAGGCAACAUGGUGCCGAAGCCUGGUAUGGGCUCUGGGCGAGGCUCUGUUGGCCAGGGAGAGGGUCGCUUCACAGCCCAGCGUCGCUAAAAGGCCUGACGCCUCCUGUGUGGAAGUAGUUCCAUGUUCUUCAUCUUCAGCCGUUCUUGUAAACAAAAAGAAAUCCUCUUGUAUAAACGUACAUAUUUGUUUACUUUUAGGAUUUAUUUGAUUUUGGUUCCCGAUUCCUUAGGAAUGUGACAAGGCUUGUCAACUCUUUGAAAUGUAUAACAAGCAGGCAAAUUAUUUUUGGAGCAUAUUGGUUGUGAGCUGCGGAUCCUUUUUUUUAUUGGUCUCCACAAUUCACAAUGUUUAACGUUUAAAUUUGUGAAGGAACCUGGACACACUCUGCCACAUUAGGAGGGACUGCCAGACUUGUAAUGACAGUAACAGCCCAUCGUUUGGAUAUGAGAUUAUGAGCCUUGAUUUGAUCGGAUUGCUGCUUCAGAAAAAAAAAACUUCAGUUGCACCUUCAUUUUUUUCCGCCCAUUACUGCUGGAAGAGAUGUAAACAGUCCCUGGAAAUGGCUUGGCUUACUGCUUUUUUUUUGAGAGCGCACUGCUUCAAAAUGGCUUCAAUGUACUCGACCUGCAUGAGUACCUUUCUCGUUACAUUGACAUCCACACUCUGAACACAGUUGGAGGGACUUUCUUUUGUCUCAGAGCAAAACGACUUCCGGGGCAGGCCUCGCACAUUCGGUCUGCUGUGACAAAUAAACUUGUUUUAUUGUUGUCCUAAGCAUCGCUUCAGAAGCUGUGGGAUGGACACGAUUGAAGAAAUAGAUAUACAGUAUAUUUUCUAAAUGAAAAUUCUUGGACUUCUGUCAAAAAAAAAAAACCUGGAACAACAAAUGACUCAUAGCAACUGAAUAAGAGACUGGUGAGGGUGAUGUUUUGAUGUUGUCGUUCCUUUUUUGUUUUGUUUCAAAGAUUGCUCGAUUCCAAGUUUGUCCACCACCUACAACCUGAAUGACAUGGUUGAUCUCCAUCUCCCUCCUGCUCUUAAGUGCAGAACAAUAGAGAAAAAAUGGUUUACUGUAAGAUAUUUCAGUGUAUAUAUAUAUAAAUAUAUAUUUUAAUUUCUCUAGACUUGAUAAAGCAUGAUGGUGCCUUCUCUUGGAACUUUUCCGAUCUAAUUUGUGUUUAUCUGAAGCUGCCCACUGGUCCAAUCAUCUGGAAGCAGAUGCUAAUUGCAGUAUUCCCAAAAUUUAAAUGUUAAUUUAUUGUCCUUUUGUCCAAAUUGAUUUACUACCUAAAAUAAAGAGCAAAUUUUCACAUGUAGUCAGUAGGUGCCUCGGGUUUGUAGCGGUGUGGUUAGGAGGUGCAUGCGGGGAUCUUUCCUUGCAUAGGUACAAUACAGGAUGGUGAAAUGUUUAAUCCAUGUCUAAGGGUUGCACAUAAGCAUUUUUCCUCGAAAAAAAAAGUAGUUAUGAUUGUGGCACAGUAAUUGUGUCCCCAUGGUUUUUGCAACCGACAGCAACACUUGGGUUGACUGCCGGACAUAUGUGUUGUAAAGACUUUGUUUUCCAGAAACAAUUUUGUAAUCUGUGAGGGUGGGCUGCUGGUCAUUGUUCCAGCCUACAGUGAAUAAUUGUGCUCACUUUUCUAGCUGUUUGUAUUUUCAUGAGCUAAUUAUUCCAUGUGCUUAUUAUAAUUCAUUUAUUUUUUUACAUUUUGUGAACGCAGUGCUUAUGAAUUCUCUCAUUACUCUCACUAACAUGUUCUAUUGCAAGUCUGUCGAGAGGCGCGAUGUUGUCUUAAGAUGGGAAGGAAAACACGAGAAGACUUUGUUUUUUUCAAUCUUGCACUGAUGGAAGGGGAGAAGUGUAAUUGAUGUAGCUUUUAUGGUCUUCCUGGUCUGGUGGUAUUGCACUAUUCCAAAAAAUUUCCAGGACAAUCUGUUGGUUCGAACACAGACUCUCCAUAUGCUUACAAGCGAGAUGCCAGUUGUAAAGUCGUUUCUCCUCGAUAUGAAUCCACUUUGUGUAGCAGAGAACUCACAAACCUCAUCAAUUUGGUUGUGCUGCUUUUUCUUCUUUAAUGUUCUCCUGCAAUGUUCUCCAAAUGAAAAUCUCCCCCCCUUUAUUCUCAAAGAAUUGGCUACAAUGGGCACUGGGUGUGUGACACUAAAGAGCCUUGGAAAACAAGCCUAUCUCCAUGUGUGGUUGGAAAAUGAGCACACAUGACCCCUGGCUAAAACCAUUUCGAAGGAUAUUCGAGGCGUAAUGUAUCUGUGCUGGAAAAGCGCAGCCGAUCCUCAUUGUGAAUCAUUCCAGUUAGUCUGAAUGGAACUAGAGGUACAUUAUUGGCUUUAGCAGUGUGGUAAACAUUUGGCUGCAAUCUUUGUGUACUGUGUUUACCUUGUUGCUAGUACAAAACUGUUGCAGGUGAAGGAUGUUCUUUUUUUUCAAUCUGAAUGUGUUGGAUCAAACAUACAAUAAACUACUGAUUAUCAGCUCCAA